CCCCCCGUUGUUGUUCUUCUUCUCCGGCGACGACGCGCAGCAACGCCAUUCCGGGCCGCGACCUAGCGAUGUCGAGCUCCGCUUCAGCCUCCCGCCGCUCAUGGCCGCGCUAUGGCGCAGUGCCCAUGACAAGGUGCCCUGCAUGCCCACGUAUCGCACCCCUGAAGCGGCUAGUCACAACCACCGACAAGAAUGGCAACCUUGGGCGGGAAUUCGUGAAAUGCGAGAGCAAACCAGAGCAGGGAAAGAAAUUGAAGCAAUGCACCCAUUUUGAGUGGCUAGAUGAGUACAUAGAGCGGAUUCAACUGGAGGGUGCAUCAGGGGAGCUCGAUUUACCGUUGGAGGCGGAGAAGUUGGGCAAGUUUGGAUCGGGCGCGUCUAGAUCUGGGGCCCCUGGAUCCGCCCAUUCCAUUGGUGCUACUGUGGGGGAUGCAGGAGUGACGGCAGAGCUGAAGAAGCUGAACAAGCAGAUGAAGAAACUCAUCGAGUUGCAGAAGCAGGGCAAUUUGAUGGGGCGGCUGAUGGCCAGACUUUUUUAUGUCUGUGUAAUUGCUCUCGCAUUUGUUUAUGUGAUGAUAAUUAGUCGUAAGUGAAUAGAUUGGGUAUCAUUUGUAAUCGUAAUGAUAUGGAUAUUUGAAUAAAAGUGUUGCACUGUACGAAUUCGGCAUGUCUUCUCCACUCUGUUUCGGCCCCUUUUUUCAGUUCUUCAGUUCGUCGUCAGUUUCAGUUUCAGUGGUAGAGGGAGAAAAGAAAAAAAAAGGUCCGUCCACAGUUGCCCGAAAAGGCCAGGCCCAUAUAGAAGUUAGGCAGGACCGAAUAGAACAUAUCCAGGCCCAUUGAUAAUUGAAGUGUAGCUAGUGCAAAAAAAAGUGCACACGGUCAUUGACAUCGAUAUAUCUUUUCGGCUUUAGGUUAUUUCACAAAUUUUAAAUUUUCUGCAGUCACCUUUUUUGAGACAACUCAUCUGAUAAUUAUUUG